GCAACCGCGAGCCCUUAGAGGGGGAUCCUGAGGGGAUGCUGAGGCAGAGAGAUCAUGACCUGGGAAUGGAACGGGACCUUUCUCCCUCACCUGGCAGGCCCCAGCAGCACUCUUCCUCUAAAGCUGGUUUAUGUAUUUCUGAGCCCGUAACCCAUUCUUUUGAAGAUCUCCAAUUGUGGUCUGUUUCGAGUCACUUCUUGUUUGAAUGGAGUCCUCUGGUAGGACAUGUGGCGCUACCCUCUCUGAAUCCUCACAUAUGGCUCUUCACCCUGACAGCUGAAUAUCUUUGCUCCUGCAGGGUGUUUGCUCAGUGAGAGGAAGCCUCUUGCACAAUGGCGGUUUUUGAUACUCCAGAGGAGGCCUUUGGCGUCUUGCGUCCCAUCUGUGUUCAGCUCACAAAGACCCAGACAGUGGAGAAUGUGGAGUGUCUGCAGGCACAGUUACAAGUCGUGAGUGACUCUGCCCUUCAGGAACUUCAGCAGUACAUCCUCUUCCCUUUGCGAUUUACCCUGAAGACCCCGGGCCCCAAAAGAGAGCACUUGAUCCAGAGUGUGGUGGAAUGCAUCACCCUUGUCCUCUCUUCAACGUGUGUGAAGGAACAAGAACUUCUCCAGGAACUCUUUUCAGAACUCUCUGCUUGCCUGUAUUCACCCAACUCUCAGAAACCUGCAGCUGUGUCAGAGGAGUUGAAAUUGGCUGUGAUCCAGGGCCUCAGUGCAUUAAUGCACUCGGCUUAUGGGGACAUCAUUCUGACUAUUUAUGAGCCCUCCAUUCUGCCUCGUUUAGGAUUUGCUGUAUCUUUAUUGUUAGGCCUAGCAGAACAGGAGAAAUCAAAACAAAUUAAAAUGGCUGCCUUAAAAUGUUUACAGGUUCUACUCUUUCAAUGUGAGUGUCAAGACCAUCCAAGGUCCUUGGAUGAACUUGAGCAAAAGCAGCUGGGGGAUUUGUUUGCUUCUUUUUUACCUGGCCUCUCAACUACACUGACCAGGAUCAUCACAGGAGACUUUAAACAAGGGCACAGCAUUGUCGUGUCUUCCCUAAAGGUCUUUUACAAGACAGUGAGCUUCAUUAUGGCUGAUGAACAGCUCAGAAGAGUCUCAGAGGUCCGAGAAAAGCCUGCCGUGGAGCACAGAGUAGCGGAGCUGUUGGUUCACAGGGAAGCCAAUUGGGUAAAAAAUACCGGCGACAGGUUGACUGUCCUUAUUAAAAAGAUAACUGAGUGCGUUUCAGUUCACCCACACUGGAAGGUGAGGCUGGAAGUGAUAGACUUUGUCGAGGCCCUUCUCUUGAAGUGCAGUCAGUCACUGGUCGAAUCGGCUGGUCCCCUUCUGAAGGCUCUGGUGAGUCUGGUAAAUGAUGAGAGUCCUGACGUCCAAGCCCAAUGCAAUAAAAUUCUGAGACGUUUUGCAGAUGAGAAAGUCGUGGUGGGCAGCAGAGCCUUUGCUGACAUCUUGUCAGAAAACCUGCACUCCCUUGCCACGUCCCUUCCCCGCCUGAUGAACUCCCAAGACGAUCAGGGCAGAUUGUCUACUCUCUCCUUGUUACUCGGGUACCUGAAACUCUUGGGCCCCAAAGUGAACUUUGUCCUCAACUCUGUGGCCCAUCUCCAGCGCCUUUCCAAAGCGCUUAUCCAAGUUCUGGAAUUAGAUGUGGCCGACGUCAAAAUCGUUGAAGAGCGGCAUUGGAACUCUGAGCAUCUGAGCACUUCUCCAGAGACUUCCGCCUCCCGGCCGUGGGCUCAAAUGCAGAGGAGAUAUUUUCGCUUCUUCAAUGACGAGAGGGUUUUCCUGCUCUUGAGGCAGGUUUGUCAGCUUCUUGGUUUCUAUGGGAACCUCUACUUGCUCGUGGAUCCCUUUAUGGAACUGUACCACGAGUCUGUGGUUUACCGGAAGCAGGCCGCCAUGAUCCUAAAUGAACUGGUUGUAGGGGCUGCUGGGUUAGGGGUAGAGAAUGUUCAUGAAAAACACAUUAAAACAAACCCAGAGGAACUGAGGGAGAUCGUGACAUCAAUACUUGAAGAAUACACAAGCCAAGAAAACUGGUAUUUGGUCACUUGCCUGGAAGCUGAAGAGGUGGGAGAGGAGCUGACGAUGAUGCAGUCAGGCAUUCAGGCCCUCACUUCUGGUGCACACACCUGCCAGGCUACCUCUUCUCCCACCUUCUCAAAGCCAAGUCCCACGAUCUGCUCCAUGAACAGCAACAUCUGGCAAAUAUGCAUCCAGUUGGAAGGGAUUGGCCACUUUGCACACGCACUAGGGAAAGACUUCCGUUUGCUCUUGAUGUCAGCCCUCUAUCCAGUCCUGGAGAAAGCUGGAGACCAAACCUUGCUUAUCAGUCAGGCGGCCAUCAGUACCAUGAUGGACAUUUGCCAGGCUUGUGGCUACGACUCCCUGCAGCAGCUGAUCAAUCAGAAUUCAGACUAUUUGGUAAAUGGGAUCUCUUUAAAUCUGCGUCAUCUAUCUCUCCACCCGCAUACCCCGAAGGUCUUGGAAGUCAUGCUACAGAACUCAGAUGCUAGCCUGCUCCCUUUGGUGGCAGAUGUGGUUCAAGAUGUCUUGGCUACCCUGGACCAAUUUUAUGAUAAGAGAACAACUUCCUUUGUCAGUGUACUGCAUGCCCUGCUGACAGCAUUAGCCCAGUGGUUCCCAGACGCAGAUCAUCUCGGGCAACUCCAAGAGCAAAGUGUAGGGGAAGAGGGAAGUCAUUUGAGCCAAAGACCAGCAAGUCUUGAGAAAGGACUUGAGAAUACCACAACAGCCGAAGACAUUGAACAGUUUGUGCUGAACUACCUCAAGGAAAAGGAUGUAGCAGAUGGAAAUGUCUCGGGUUUUGAUAAUGAAGAAGAGGAGCAGUCAGACCCUCCCGAAGUGGAUGAGAAUGACACUGAUCCCAGUGUGCAGCCACCACUGCCAGUGCAGAUCCAAAUAGCCACGGACGUGAUGGAGCGCUGCAUCCACUUGAUGUCAGACAAAAAUCUGAAAAUCCGCUUGAAGGUUUUAGAUGUGCUGGAUCUGUGUGUGGUUGUUCUGCAGUCCCACAAGAACCAGCUCCUUCCCUUGGCCCAUCGGGCGUGGCCCUCGCUCGUGCACCGACUCACAAAUGAUGACCCCCUGGCAGUGCUCAGAGCCUUCAAGGUUUUGCGUACCCUGGGAGGCAAGUGUGGCGAUUUUCUAAGGAACCGGUUCUGCAAAGAUGUCCUGCCAAAGCUGGCUGGCUCUUUAGUCAGCCAGGCUCCCAUCAGUGCCAGGGCUGGACCAGUUUACUUCCACACGCUGGCCUUCAAGUUGCAGCUGGCCGUCUUGCAGGGCCUGGGCCCCCUCUGUGAGAGACUGGACCUAGGUGAGGGUGACCUGAAUAAAGUAGCUGAUGCCUGCUUGAUUUACCUCAGUGCCAAACAGCCCGUGAAAUUACAAGAGGCUGCCAGGAGCCUUUUCCUCCACCUGAUGAAGGCAGACCCCGACUCCACCUGGCUCCUCCUGAACGAGCUUUACUGCCCACAGGAGUUCACACCUCCCCACCCCAGCCUGCACCCGGUGCAGCUACGGGGGGCCACUGGGCAGCAGAACCCGUACACAGCCAACGUUCUCCGCCUGCUCCAGGAGCUGCAGUGACCCCGCCCCGCCCCCGAGUCAGGCAGGCGCCCGAGGAGGUCCCCAGCGGAGCUUGCCGAGGAUGUGGGCCCACCCCACCCUGGCCGAGGGCGGUGGCGUCGGCCUCAGAGAAGACUGCCAAGGUGGAUUAGACAGCCAAUCGAUUUAUAAAUUGAUCGAUCACACUGCUUAGAAAUUGGAUUGAAGGAAAGCAGCUGUUACUUCUCUUUCAUACCUGGUAUUUUCAAAUGACAUUGUCUGGCAGCUCUAAGGGCUUAACUCCUUAGCUUACCAUCUCUGCGGCCCUAGCUGCCUCUCAAGCCGCCCCACGCACCCACCCACACCCAAGAGCUUGAGGAUACAUGGGGCGGAGGCCUGUACUACCCAUCAUGUAUGACCUCGGCCGCCUGAGGACCACGUGGAAGUAUCACACAUUGGAGAGUUUUCAGAUCACCGGCCUGCAGCAUGGACUCACACACCUCCCCCUCUUCAAGGAAGGAGAUAAGAACCUACCUGUUCUUUGGAAGAAAAUGAAAUAAAGGCACUUCUUGGAUGAAAAGUACGAUCAAGAACUCACUUUGAAGUUUGUUAUUUAAAUUGGGUGAUUUUUUAAAAAUGAGUUUAUGGGGAAUUCCCUGGUGGUCCAGUGGUUAAGACUGUGCGCUGUCACUGCUGAGAGCCUGGGUCUGAUCCCCGGUCAGGGAACUAAGAUGCCGCAUGCCGCAAGGGAAGGCCAAAAAAAAAAAAAAGAAAAAAACUGAGUCUAUGUUCAUGAAUGGAUAAUACAAAGUCAUGGUAUAAAAUCCAAGCAAUACAAAAUAAUGAAAACUCAGUCUCCCCAUCCUCAUUCCCCAGACAUCUAGUUUCCCUCUCCAAAGGCAAAUAGUCAUGCCAGUUUUUUUGGAUACCUUUUAAGUAUUUUUUAACUUUCCAUCAGGGAUAAUGGUACUCUGAAGCCCCAUGUGCCCAUAACCCAGCUGCACCCAGUCACCAGCACGUGGCCAGCCCUGCUUCAUCCUGCACCUUCCCAGUUACCUCCACACCACACCUGGCCCCUGGAUUAUUUUUAAGCAAACUCCAGAUGUCAUAUCUAGACUUCUUUUUUUUUUAAAACAAAUGUACAGCCAGCAUAGCAUUAUCACACCUAAAACAUUUAACAACGGUCCUGUGUGUUUGAAUCAGGAUGCAAAUAAGGUGUGUACAUUGCCAUUAUCGGUAUGUCCCUUAAUAAAUUUGUUUUAAUUUAUAGAUUCUCCCUCCACCUCUCUUUUCUUUUCCUGGGAAGUUUUUUGUUGAGGAAACAAGGUCAUUUAUUCUGCAGCAUUUCCCACAGUCUGGCUUUACUGAUUGCAUCCCCGUGGGGGGUCAUUUCAUGGGCUGCUCCUGUCACCUGUGUUUCCUGUAAAUGAGGAAGCAGAACAAGAGGCUUGAUCGGGUUUGGUUUUUUUGUUUUUGCUUUUUGUCUGCACUCCGCCGUGGGUGGUAUUAUUUACUUCCAUCAGGAGGUACAUGAUGUCUGAUCUCUUCUUGUGAAGUUGGCAGCCAUUGGUGAGCCUCACCUGGACCCUCUCGUUCAUUAGGGAUUACAGAGCAGCGCUGUUCCAGCUCCGCCAUGCCGGCUUGCUUGUAGCUAGAGCCUUGGUCCCUUCAUCAACCACGUGGUAACCUUGAGGGAGUUUGUGUAGAAAAGGCAGGAUAAACACUUGAUUUUUCUAGCUGGGAGAUUUAAAACCCACAGAUUAUGUAAAUUCAGGUACUCAGCCACAUGCACACACUCACUCACCCAUGCUGAAAGAUGCACAUUCGAGAAUGAUGAAUGCUUCCUCCCCAGAUGCAUGGUGAGGCACUAUGUACAUAAUUCCUCCAGUGACAUAGAUAAUCCCCAAGCUCUAAAAAAGCAAAACAAAACAAGAUGGUUGGCAUGGGGACUUAUUGGAGCAAGGGUCCCCAGCCAGUUCCAGAAAGGCCCCACUCCUUUCCUUUUAGGACCUUCCCUGCAAGGGCAAUGAGAUGUCCAGCUGGCUUCUGGUCUGGCUCUGUCAGUGAGUCAUCACCACCCACCUUUGGCCUUCAGUUCUCCCACCUGUAAAGUGGAGGGAAUGGGCCACAGAGAGAGUUCUUAAGCUUUGAGGAUUCUGCGCUCUUCCAGGAAUCAGAUGAGAUCUGAGGACCCAGUCCCCCGAAACAUUCCUCCUCCCCUGUCACUCCCAGGAGGGCGCUGCAUCCUCCAAGCCUACAGUCACGCACCAUCUCCACCUCCCGCUGGGUCUGCUUAGCUGACCUCCCAAAAUUCUGGGUACAAUUUCAGAGACUUCACCUCAGACCCCAGAGGAACUCCCAAGUUAAGAAGUCCUGAGAGAGAACCACUUAACUCUCUUCCAGUUUUAAAAUUCUGGGAUGAUUUCCUUUGAGAAAUGCCCUCUAAUUGAGGGGAUUGUAGAAGGAUUCACAGAGCAUUGUUCCUAAUUCCACUGGGGACACAAAGUGAUAGGCUAAUUCAAUCUCUAGGUCCUGACAAAUGAAAAAACAGGUCAGAGAGGUGGCGUGACUUGUCGAGCAUGACCUAGCUCCCAGGGAGAUUAAAGCAGCCUGCCUUCCUUCCCCAGGUCCCUAGGUGUGGCAGGCCGUGAUGGUGUGCUGAGAAGUGGGGGGGGGGGACAUGCACACCCACCCUGUGCUGUAACAAAACUCUCGCUCUGGGGAAGCCCUCCAGGAGAUCAUCUGCGUGGGAGGACUUGCCGUGAUGUUCCAAAAACCCACCUCUUCCUCAAAGAGUUAAGACAUCCCGAGUCACUCUCAGAUUACUGCAGGCAGAUUGUUGCACUUGAUUAAAAAACAAAAAACAAAAACUAAUUAGAGUGCCUCUCCGGUUAUUAUUAUAUUCAGGCAACUUUAAUUUUGAAGCUGUCCAGCUGACUCAAUCUAGUCUUUGUUAACGAAGGCUUUGCAAAGUGAUCGUUUCCCCUGUUAAAACUUGCUGGUGCAGUGAGGGUUUCUUCUCUCAUUCCGGGUGCACCCUGAGUACUCUGAGUAUCAGUGUGGCUGGAGACGGGUGGGGAAGGGAUUAAUCGGCAGAUACUGAAAGGCUUUGCAUUUCAGGAUGAGAUGUUUGAGGUCUGAUCUGCAGAGGCUCCUGGAGGAUUCAGGGAGGUGUAGAGCUGGAUCCAAGGGAUCCCGAGAAGAGCUGGAUGUGGCCCUCAGGGGGCACCAUACUGUGGAGAGAGCAUGGAUGUAGAGUUCAUCAGAGCUGGGGUUGAUUUCUGACUCUGCCUCUUAGUAACUGCGUGACCUCGGUGAGUCACUUCACUUCAUUUUCCCAUCUCUAAAAUGGAGCUGCUGCCUCCCCCUCUUUUGACGGCUGCUUCAGGGGGAAUAAGUGCUGUAGUGUUUAUGGUGUUUAGCUAGUGCCCAGGGCUCGACAACAUGCUUUCCUUCCCCCUAUCCCCACCCCAUUGCUCGUGGCUUUGUUAGGGAUGCAAUACCGACUCUUCCAAGACAAUUAUAGAUGAGGAAAUAGAUGGUUAUGUCUCAGAACGAGCUACCCAGGAACUACAGAGGACCACAGCGGGGGUGGGGGGCUGGGGCGUGGACAAAAUUCUGGUAAGAGGGCUUCCCUGGUGGCGCAGUGGUUAAGAAUCCGCCUGCCAAUGCAGGGGACACGGGUUUGAGCCCUGGUCCGGGAAGAUCCCACAUGCCCUGGAGCAACUAAGCCCAUGUGCCACAGCUACUGAGCCUGUGCUCUAGAACCUGUGAGCCACAACUACUGAGCGCACAUGCCACAACUACUGGAACCCGCACGCCUAGAGUCUGUGCUCCACAACAAGAGAACCCACCGCAAUGAGAAGCCCGUGCACGGCAACGAGAGUAGCCCGCGCUCACUGCAACCAGAGAAAAGCCUGCGCGCAGCAAUGAAGACUCAGCGCAGCCAAAAAUAAAAUUAAAUAAAUAAGCUAAAAAAAAUAAUAAAAAAAGAUCCUGGCAAGACAAGCAGACUCUUUGGCAGGCAGAGAGGAUAAAGGGCAUUCCAGACAAGGUAAUAACAUGCCCAAAUGCAUCGGCCAUACCUGCCAGUAUCUGUACUCAUCAUAACUCCUUCCCUUGCAGCUGACAGGAGACCCAACUCAAACUGGCUUGAGUUGAAAGAAAUGUCUGGGCUCGCACGACCAACCAGCCCAGCUGGCUCCAGGUCCCACAGCCAGUCUGUCUUUUGAUUCUGCUUCCCCCAGUGUUGCCUUCCUUCUCCAGCAGCCUCUUUCUGUAAAGUGUCAAAGAUGGCCACCAGUAGUUCCAGACUUAUGUUCGUUCUGCUGAACAAAGUUAGGAGAGUGUGCACGACCCUCUGACGGCUCCAGCUCAAGUCCUGGGACUUGCUCUCCUGAGCUCAGCCCCUCCGUCGCCCCGCCCCAAACCAAACCAAGCAUUGUGCAUUCAAGCAGGUGUCGGCAAACUUUCUCUGUAAAGGGCCAGUUGGCAAAUAUUUUAGGUUUUGUGGGCAUAGGUUCUCUAUGGCAUCUUCUUUGAUUUUUUUUUUUUACAACCUUUUACAGAUGUAAAAAUUAUUAGCUCAGGAGUCUUUCAAAAGAGGCUGGGGAGGGCUUCCCUGGUGGCGCAGUGGUUGAGAGUCUGCCUGCUGAUGCAGGGGACACGAGUUCGUGCCCCGGGCCAGGAAGAUCCCACAUGCCUCGGAGCGGCUGGGCCCGUGAGCCAUGGUCGCUGAGCCCAUGCGUCCGGAGCCUGUGCUCCGCAACGGGAGAGGCCACAACAGUGAGAGGCCCGCGUACCGCAAAAGAAAAAAAAAAAAAGAGGCUGGAGGCCUUUUUUUUUUUUUGGCCCUGGGACCUUAGUUUGCCAAGCCCAGAUCUACAUUCUCAUGAGCAGGCCUGGAGGCAGGUGUCAGGUCAGCUCACCCAAACCAUAUGGAGAGGGAACUGGGGUGCGGUGCUUUCCCCCAAAAGGAAGCCCUGCAUUCGGUUACCAGGAGAAGUGUUGCAGGGUGCAGAGGGGCCAAAAUGACAGGCAUUCACCACCCCAUAUUUGUGGCGAGUGACAAGGGUGGCUUGGUGGUCUAGGGAUGGUGGGUGUGAGAAGGUUGUGGUCACUGAGGCCACAUGUACGAAGGGCCUUGACUGUCAACCUGGGGUUCCCAGACUUAAGAGAUCAAGAGGGGAGGUCUUGGAUGGUUCUUGAACGGGUGAGUAAUGCACUGAAAGCGUUUGCAGAAUAUGCAUCUCGUGGCAGCAUACAGGAGAAACUGGAAGGGAGAGAGCCUGGUGAUGAAAUUGUGUUUCUGAAAGUCCCAGGACGAGAAAAUGUACCUCUUCCAUCAACCCCAAACUGUUUGACACGCCAUAGUUCAUGGGCAACUUGAGGCACAUAAAUAUGUGCUUUAAAGUUUAAAAGUAAGAAGUGAGAUGAAUGGAACCUCUGAUGAGGCUUCCUCCAGCUCAUUCGGAAGAGUUGAGAAGCCCAGAAAUGAUUUUCCGCAGCUCCAGCUCUGAUGAACAGGGCAGGGUUCCUCUCCCUUUGUGUGACUUACCCUAGCCUCUGUGUCGGGCUUGACUGGAAGCAAAGUGCCCAUGUUGCCUUUCCUCCAGAGUAAGGAAGAGAGGCCAAAUUUCAGAAAAUAGUUCUGAGUGAUGGCUGCCUCUGUCGAAGCACUGAUUGCUUUAUAAACGGCAUUCUUCCCUCUGCCCCCCUGCCUCCCCCACCCCCAAUGAAGUUUGGAGGCAGCGACUUUUCAAAUUACACUUGAAAAGCAGCCUGAUUUCCCAGAGGAAUCACCUCCUAGAUUAGGAGCUGUUCUACCUUUUCUGACACUUCUACCCAGAGUACAAAACCCGCCUGCUAAGGGCUAGGAGGGCGUGGUGCCCACCACCCUUCAAAGCCUUAGGCACAAGCCAUUUAUGAAAACGUCUCUCACUGCAGCCAUCUCCCAGCAUCUGGGGCUGCCUGCUUUUGCAGCAGGAAAGGGUUAAAAAGCACUGAUGAAUGGCUGCCUCCACCACCCCCUUCCGUUUUCCCUCCUUAUAUAAUUUUCCAUUCUUUUCGCACAACGGCUCCUGGGUCUCAACCUGCUCUCUCAGUCAGUACCCUCACGUCCUCAGCUUCCUCCCACACAGGCAGGCUCUGAAGUAAGGAAAACUCCUUUCAGAAUCUCUGAGGCUGUUUCCAAGGGAAAAGAUGCUGGGGGGUAGGGUGGGGGUGGAGAUGAGGAGAGGUAACGGAGAAGAGUCAGAAGUUUCUUCAAGAAAUAAAACAUGGGACUUCCCUGGCGGUCCAGUGGUUAAGACUCCACGCUUCCACCGCAGGGGGCACGGGUUCGAUCCGGGGU